AUGGAUUUGUACCUGAUUGGAUAUUUGAUGUGUGUGUGGUUGUCCAGCUCGCGGGUGCUUGGAGGCUAUCCCAUCUGGUGGUCCCUGGCCCUUGGGCAGCAGUACUCGUCCCUGGGCUCGCAACCCAUCCUGUGCGGCUCCAUCCCCGGCCUGGUGCCCAAGCAGCUGCGCUUCUGCCGCAACUACAUAGAGAUCAUGCCCAGCGUGGCAGAGGGGGUCAAGCUGGGGAUCCAGGAGUGCCAGCACCAGUUCAGGGGCCGGCGGUGGAACUGCACCACCAUCAAGGACAACCUGGCCAUCUUCGGCCCCGUGCUGGAUAAAGCGACCAGAGAGUCGGCGUUUGUCCACGCCAUCGCUUCAGCAGGCGUGGCGUUCGCAGUGACGCGUUCCUGCGCUGAGGGAACGUCCACCAUGUGCGGCUGCGACUCCCACCACAAGGGGCCCCCCGGCGAGGGCUGGAAGUGGGGCGGCUGCAGCGAGGACGCAGAGUUCGGGGUGCUGGUGUCCAGGGAGUUCGCCGACGCCAGGGAGAAUCGUCCCGACGCACGCUCGGCGAUGAACCGACACAACAACGAGGCGGGACGAUCGACCAUCCUCGACCACAUGCACCUGCGCUGUAAAUGCCACGGCCUGUCGGGGAGCUGCGAGGUGAAGACCUGCUGGUGGGCUCAGCCGGACUUCCGCAUGCUGGGCGACUACCUGAAGGACAAGUACGACAGCGCCUCGGAGAUGGUGGUGGAGAAGCACCGCGAGUCGCGCGGCUGGGUGGAGACCCUGCGCGUCAAGUACAACUUCUUCAAGCACCCCACGGAGCGCGACCUGGUCUACUACGAGGGGUCGCCCAACUUCUGCGAGCCCAACCCGGAGACCGGCUCCUUCGGGACUCGAGACCGCGCCUGCAACGUGUCGUCGCACGGCAUCGAGGGCUGCGACCUGCUGUGCUGCGGCCGCGGACACAACACGCGGACUGAGAAGCGCAAGGAGAAGUGCCACUGCAUCUUCCACUGGUGCUGCUACGUCAGCUGCCAGGAGUGCGUGCGCGUCUACGACGUCCACACGUGCAAGUGA